CCCAAACCAAAUUCCCAACUGAAACUGAACCGUAGCUUAGCAAACCUUGAGCCGCACUCUCGCCCCGUGGCAAGUGUCCGUCCGGAUGCUGCCACUUUCCCCGCAUCCUCAGCGGAUCCUUUCUCUCCCUGUCCUCUCCAUGCCCUCUCUCCUCUCCAAAUCUUUUAUUUUCUUCAACCGCAAAUCUCCAUUUCCCCUGGCUCACCAUACCAUGGCCAAAGCUCGCCUAAGAGGCGUCGUAUUCGACAUGGACGGAACCCUAACCGUCCCCGUCAUCGAUUUUGCUUCAAUGUACAAGGCCGUUCUCGGUGACGAGGAGUAUCGCAGAAUUAAAGCAGAGAAUCCUUCUGGGAUCGAUAUCUUGCAUCACAUUGAGAAGUGGAGUCCCGAUAAGCAGCGCAGAGCUUAUGAGGUUAUCCUUGAUUUUGAGCGCCAGGGCCUCGACCGCCUCCAAACUAUGCCCGGCGCAGUAGAGCUGUGUGGGUUCCUUGAUUCAAAGAAAAUAAAAAGAGGGUUAAUUACCCGAAAUGUCAAGGAGGCAGUUGAUCUUUUUCAUUUACGGUCUGGGAUGAUGUUUUCUCCAGCAUUAAGCAGAGAGUUCCGUCCUUAUAAACCAGACCCAGCUCCCCUCCUGCAUAUCUGUUCAACUUGGGACUUUCAACCUAAUGAAGUCAUGAUGGUUGGUGAUAGCCUUAAAGAUGAUGUGACUUGUGGGAAACGAGCUGGAGCAUUCACAUGCUUACUUGAUGAAAAAGGGAGAUACAGUUCUGCUGAUUUCGCCAACUUGGAUGUAGAACCAGAUUUCAAGGUCUCUUCCUUGUCUGAAGUUCAUUCUCUAUUGGAAGCAAAUUUUGAUUUGAUGGGAUAGUUUUCAGUCCCUGAUAGAGACUUUACACUUCAAUGGAAACUCUGCUUCACCAAGGGAGAUAACUACAUUAGAGUGGAAGGAUCAGCCAACCAAGGAGAAUCAAGAAGGUUGACCCAUCAUCUCCUGAACGAUAGUUUAGUUCUCUUCGUUUGGUUGUACUGGUACAAGAUGGCCUGCGGAAUGGUAGCUUGCAGGAUGCAACCAUGAAGCGGUUUCCUUGAAAUUAGUAACAUUCUCUAAUACAGAUUUACUCAUGUUUGCAUUGUGCACUGCACUCUGUAUUUCUCUCUCUCCUAAUUGUAUUUUACUUGUAUAUGUGGAUUCCAGUGUAAAAGAGUAUUCAGCAAUUUUUUUUCA